CCCUCCCUCUUGUCUCCAUUCUCCUCCUCCUCCUCCUCCUCAGCUGUCCUGGUUCCUACGGAGAUAUAUAAGGAAGAGGUUCGGCUCCCGAAGACAUCAGUUUAACCCGUCGACUGGCAACAUGAAGUUCAUCGCCGCCUUCUUCUGCCUCGUAGCCGUGGCUGCAGCAGCCCCCCAGCAGGAGGUCGCCGUCCUUCGCGACGAGAGAGUCGACCAGGGAGACGGCAACUUCAAUUACGCCUUCGCCGCCGACAACGGCAUCGAGAUGGAGGUCUCUGGAACCCCAGGAGCCGAAGGACAAGUGAACAUGCGAGGUUUCUAUGUCCUUCCUCUCGCCGACGGAGGCUUCGCUCGCAUUGAGUUCAUCGCCGACGAGAACGGUUUCCAGCCAACUGGUGACAUCAUUCCAAAAUAGAUCCAUUCUUGAGGCUUUUCCCGAUUCCAUCCCAAGCGACCUGACUACGAUUCGGAAGAAGAAGGAUAGGAAGAGCAGCGCCGCCCUAGCGGCGACGGCUGAACCUAUACAAACCUCGAACUUCUGUUGACUCUCGCAUCUUGUCACUUCUCAUCUGUACAGACCUCUUACUCUCUCGAUCUGCGCUGAUUUCUUGUAUACAUGUAGACCAUGUAAGGCAUUGUAAUAAAGAUGUCGCUCUUCUAA